GUGCCCGAUCCAAUUAACUGAAACCCCACAGGUUACAACUCCGUGUGGGCCCUUGCCUUUUCUCCUAGAACCUUCUGGAGCUAAAGCAUCCUAGUAUCGGCUGGGAAAGGGGUGGAUGUUAGCUACGGAAAAGAAGUUAUUCCGACCCAGUCGUCGGCGUACCGGGAGAAGGCUGAGGCGGUGAUGAAAGGUGCCCCGUAGUGACUUGCGGGGUAGAGGGCAGAGGGUGUGAUAAAAAGGCAGAUGCAUCCCUCCUCCUCCUUAAUAGAAAGCAAAGCAACUGUUCCCAAAUCAGUCCCCUCCAUCGCAACUCUCCACGAUAACGAGUAACCAAUUCACACUAUGUCUCUCCCACCCAUCCCACAGGAGUACAGGUGAUUCCUUCAUUCCCUAUUGUCGUCCCUCAGAUGCUAAUAUAUCAAUCCCAGCUACGUCCUAGCCGGUCUCUUUGCGACGACUCUAGUAAGCCAAUAUCACAUUUUGAUGGUUGGUGGCGCCCGCAAGGCCUCGAAGGUCCCCUACCCGAACGCCUAUGCGAGUGCCGAGGAGGCCAUCAAGGACAAGGAAAAGUUUCGCUUCAACUGCGCUCAACGGGCACAUUCAAACUACCUUGAGAACCUCGCUGUCGUGUUACCGUCUUUCCUCGCCUCGGCAGUUCAGUACCCCACGGCCUCGUCCUCGCUCUUAGGGAUCUGGCUUGUUGGUAGGAUUGUGUAUGCUCGUGGCUAUGUCGGUAGCCAGCAUAACAGUAGUGGGAAAGGGAGGUAUAAGGGUGUGUUCAGUUAUAUUGGACUGAUCGGUUUGGCGGUUACGACUGGAAUGAGUAUGUGGAAGCUCUACAGCUCCGGGAUUUAAACGUUAGAAUGGGGGUUUUUUUUUCUGGAGGUGGGGUUGGACCUUACUUUACGAUGUAUUCUGUUUCUUCCCUUUGUCUGGGCUGUGUCUCUUAUUUUCUCUCGAGUAUUAGAUGUUAAUGUGGGACUUGAAAUAAGGCCCCUAUAUGCUCUGAAGCUUGGGGUGCAUUUGCAUUUAUGUAUCACGGGGGUCGGAUUGAUUAGUAUUCUGGAAUCCUACGAGCAGUGUGUGAUUCAUUGUGAUUCCUACAAGACGUUACUUAUGUUGCCCGAGUGAAGGCGCACUAAAAAAAAAAGCGCCACCCCAAUCCUUUGCCAUGAACCCAAUACAUUUGCUUUUUAGGAGGCUAAGAAGGGC